GGCUGCCGGGAGCUGGCUGGGCCGGAGGCCGCGGGGCCGGCGCCCGCCGCGAGGAAUGGGGCUGCCGGCCGCAUAGGGGCCAUGCCGCCCGGGCCCCGGGCUUUCCCCACUCCGCGCCCCGGCCGCCGCGCCCCGCGUCCGCCCCGGCAUGGUGAACCUAGCGGCCAUGGUGUGGCGCCGGCUCCUCCGGAAGAGGUGGGUGCUCGCCCUGGUCUUCGGGCUCUCGCUCGUCUACUUCCUCAGCAGCACCUUCAAGCAGGAGGAAAGGGCAGUGAGAGAUCGGAAUCUCCUCCAGGUUCAAGACCACGACCAGCCCAUUCCGUGGAAAGUGCAGUUUCACCUGGGGAACAGCAGUCGGCCUGGCAACCAGUGCCGGAACUCCAUUCAAGGGAAGCACCUCAUCACGGAUGAGCUAGGCUACAUUUGUGAAAGGAAGGACUUGCUGGUGAACGGCUGCUGUAACGUCAACGUCCCCGGCACCAAGCAGUACCGCUGUGACGGCUGCUUGCCCCACGGCUGCUGCGGCGCCUACGAGUACUGCGUGUCCUGCUGCCUGCAGCCCAGCAAGCAACUUCUCCUGGAGCGCUUCCUCAACCGGGCAGCCGUGGCGUUCCAGAACCUCUUCAUGGCCGUCGAAGAUCACUUUGAAUUGUGUCUGGCCAAAUGCAGGACCUCAUCCCAGAGCGUGCAGCACGAGAACACCUAUAGGGACCCCAUAGCCAAGUACUGCUAUGGAGAGAGCCCUCCCGAGCUCUUCCCUGCAUGAUGGGCACAGAAGGCAGACCAGGCACCACCGGAGAGCUUGUGGCCUGAAGCCACCCUCCAGCGUUCUCUAGUCCGCUUGGAAGAAGACAGGCAUCGCGCGGGAGCCUCGGCUUUGACCACUUCUUGUGUUGUAGUCUGUGGCCUCACUCUCCGCUGGGCUUUACCCUGUGAAACUGUUCUGUAAAGCAGCUUGGAAACACCAGCGGGUCACGUUCAAGAACAAACUACAGGCGAGUUUGCGGAGGUGUUGGCGCUCUGGGGCACCUCUCCCGUGGCAGACUCAUCGAACCCUUCCCUGUAAAGUUAUUUAUUGGAUUUCUCUGGAGUAGUGGGAAAAUGAUAAUGUUUUAUAUAGGAAGAUGCCUUGCCUUGAUAGUUGAAUAUAUUCAAGGAAAUUGUUGUUGUUCUUGUUUUCUUGUGUUCUUGAGUUUUAUGAGUUAAGUCAUCCCUUCACCCAGAUAAAACAUUUGGCCUCUUUGAAUGUGCGUGUUCUCUCAAGGUAGUUAUUUGGGUUUUGUUUUAACAGCACCUUCAGGAGUGGGCCCUGGACACUGUAUCCUGACAUCUAAAAUUGUCAACACCUCAGAGCUACUCUUCCCCGUACCGGCUUCUCUGCAGGGGCCACCAGGCACCCUCAGCUUUUCUUGUAGUGGUAUUUGAAUAUGCUUUCAUACCUGCGUGUGAGCACUGUUUGAACCAGAAAUUCCAACUCACUGUUCUGGAGGAUUUUGUUCUCAUUUCCCAUGCCACUAUUGACGUGAUUGCAGUCUGCUCAGCCGUGGUACACUGGGAGCCUCAGGAAUGUCGCCGGCAGCCUCCUCUCCUCUCCUGUCAUGGAAAACUGGUGUUAAGGGGAUUCCUAAGUGGAGAUACAUCUAGCAACUGACUGUAAGCAGUCAUCCUUCAUCGCUUCCAGCUUCAGGACAUGUAACAGGUUCAGACCUUCAGUUUCCUUAUGAUCUGCAAAGAAGAAGAAAACCCAAGUUUCUGUCAAGGUUCUGUGAGAAUUACCCAUGCCCUCAGUGGGGCGAGUCCGUGAAGGCCUGGCAUGCUGGUUGCUGGUCCACGUGCUCGAGGUGCCCCCCACUGGGUUUCUAGUAUGACACUGAAUCUCGCAGGCUCAACGUCGAGAAUAUUUGGUCCUCCCGUCAAGACAUCCUGGCCCUCAAAUAGUAUGGCUCUCUGCUCUAGUAUGGGAGACAUGGGCGCACAGCUCUUUCCUGGAGCAAGCCCCUCACUAACCCCUGGGAUUGUGCAGGGUCUUUUUCAUUUUUUGGUUGUUGAAGCUGUUGACCUUGGAGUGGGGCAGUAGUUUUACAAUCCACUUUUGACAUGUUUUUCAGUAGGGCUUUUUCUUUGGACCAUGUUUGCCUUCCAGUAUGUUUCUGCAUUAUGUAGCAAUAAUUCCCCUUACCUUUCUCCUAUUACUUCUUCAACUUCUCUUCCCAAAGUGGCUUGUCCCCCUAAAUAAGCUUUCUCCAAGGGCUAACUGACAAUUGUUUUUAAUGUCCCCCCCCCCCAAAAUCUAUUUAGUUUGCAUUGGACUUUUUGGAUUCUAUGUGCAUUCACGGUGCUAAAUCAAACUUUGUAUGUGAAAGAAAUGUGCAUGUCUGGAUGUUUUACCGUCUCAUUCUUUUUGGUAACUCAGUCUGGUGUAUGUCUGUCUCACGUGGGUUGGCACUGGUGUCAGCCUCCCCUUGGAGCUCAUUUGAACUUUUGAACAAUGUAACAGAUUUAAUGUGAAAAAGGCUUUA